AGACCCAGCAUCACUUUUCCCAUGCAAGUACUUUUUGAACUCUACCACCUUGUUAAAUGUCUUAUACAAUAACAGCUUUACUUUGCUAUUUAGCCCCUCUUCAAACUUUCUAAUCUCCCUCUCAUUAAUACUGUCCCCUAUUAUAGACAAAAAGCCCUUCAAGGAGCAAUCCCCAUUUUGAAUAUCAUGCAACCACUCUGCCUUGUCAAGACCUAAUGACGAAAAGAGAUCAUCAAUGACCUUACUCCAACCCUUCCUCUGCCUGCCUCUCCGUGGCUUAAAAUUCCAUUCCUGCUUAAAAAGCUUCUUCGGAUACCUAUUGCCUGGCAAUGCCGCUAACUUAUACCACCACUUAGCUAUAGUAAUAUUGAAAAGAUAAGAUAGGAAGACGUAAGCAGAGCGCUUUUUCCACGAAGAUUUGUGAGGUUCGUCAUACAUUCUGAGGUUACAUUGCUACUUGCAACAAUGGAGAGAGAAAUACACAGAGAAAUGGAGAGAGAAGCGGAGAAAAUAUGGGAGAGAGAAAUGGACAACAGAAAAAUGAUGGGGAGAGAAAUGGAGAGAGAAGCGGAGAGAAUAUGGGAGAGAGAAAUGGACAACAGAGAAAUGAUGGGGAGAGAAAUGGAGAGAGAAGCGGAGAGAAUAUGGGAGAGAGAAAUGGACAACAGAGAAAUGAUGGGGAGAGAAGUGGAGAGAGAAGCGGAGAGAAUAUGGGAGAGAGAAAUGGACAACAGAGAAAUGGAGAGAGAAAUGGACAGAGAAAUGGAGAGAGAAAUGUAGAAAGAAAUGAAGAAGGACUAAUAAAUAUAUAUCAUACAUGAUUGUUUAUGAAUGUAUGUGCAUAGCUGCUCUUUGCUAAGGGCUAAAUUUAGAAAC